AUGGUGAUGUCAUGGCUUGCAUGUCCGAUGCCUCCUUCUAUUCGUCAAUCCAUUAUGUGGAUUGAUUCUGCUUCAGAAAUCUGGCGCGAUCUCUGUGAUCUUUUUUCCCAUGGCGAUAAAUUUCGUAUUGCUGAUCUGCAAGAAGAAUUGCAAAAUUUUAGACAAGGUGAUCUCACCGUUUCACAAUACUACACUCGAUUGCGCAUACUUUGGAAGGAACUAUUCAUGUAUCGCACGAUUAUGGCUUGUUCUUAUUCUACUACAUGUUCUUGUGGCAUUCUUUCAAAGAUUCAAAAAGAACGUGAUGAUGAUUGUGUGAUCAAAUUCCUACGAGGCCUUAAUGAUGAAUUUUCCCAAGUUCGUUCUCAAGUAAUGCUUAUGGAACCCAUGCCUGGCCUCACUCGCACUUUUUCUUUGGUUCUUCAACAAGAAUGUGAAUUCGGAGUCGAGGUGGAUUUUCUAAUAAUCGUGGCGAUGGUCGUUCUGGCAAAGGCAACAGUACUGGUGUUCACCAGAUUUUGCACCAAAUGCAAAAAGACCAACCACACCAUAGACACGUGCUUCCAAAUCUAUGGCUUUCCACCUGGAUAUAAAACUGAUGGCAAGAACACAUCCACCACUUCCAAGCCUUCUGUGAAUGUGGUAGACACUAUUUCUCCUACUACUUCUAACACUUCUGCUCAAGAUGAUGUCAAGCCUCAAAACAAUUUCAGUUUUUCCAAAGAUCAAUAUCAAGCAUUAUUGGCAUUGCUUCAACAGUCCAGGACCAGGAUUCCUCCACUUAUGUUAAUAGUGCUCACAUUUGUCCUUUGA